UGGACAACGGAUGUACCAACCAUGGUCAACGUCGAGCUGCGUCGGCAGGUCAUCAACGUCUACAAAGAGUUACUGUGGUUAGGACGCGAGUAUCCCCUUGGUUAUCAGUACUUCAGGGAUCGGCUCCAUCGUGCGUUUGCGGGCCAAGCACAUCUUACGGACGAGGAUCAAAUUCGAAAGGGGAUCGCUCGAGCUGAAUUUGUGAAGAAAGGUAAAAUUUCUGGGUUGUACAAAGGUCGAAGCAUUCAUCAUGCGAACGCACCUUUUCCCUCCCUCGACACAGACAUUUUGAACAUGGACACUGACGAUAGAAAACCAAACUCCAGAUACUACUUGAAGCGGUACCGCACGCUCAAAAAGCGGUAUGAGAGUGGCUGA